AAUCAGCCGGGUAUCCCACUCAAGCCUCCGCACUUUGCCCGGUCCUCGCCUUAUCACCUGAGGACCCAGUCUGUACCCUUAACAUAGACGGACAAUCCUAUGAUUGCCUGCUGGACACGGGAGCCACCUUUUCUACCUUGUCGGACAGUCACCUCAAACCGGGAAGGGAAACUCGCAAAGUGUUUGGAUUAGAUGGGAUACCCCGAACCUGUCCCCUUUCUGAGCCAGCUAAAGUAAGGUUGGGACCCCUGCUGGCAGAACAUACCUUCCUUUUGACUAACAGCCCGGUGAACAUGUUAGGCAGGGACCUUCUCUGCAAGUUGAGAGCUACCAUUCAGUGUAAUAAGGAAGGGAUUUAUCUACACCUCCCUGAAGAGUCCCUCCUAGCCUUCCAAGGCAUCGUGGAGGAGGCGAAAAUGGGCCACCAAUUCCCGGACUUACCCCUUGAACUCGAGCUAGAAAUGCCCCCUUGGCUCUGGGGCACCGAAUCUACCUCGGUCGGACUCCUAAAGUCAGCUACACCUGUCAGAAUUACCUACCGCACUGACGUACCUUUCCCCUGCACAAAGCAAUACCCGCUCCCUAAAGAGGCUAUAGACGGCCUCACGCCAAUGAUACAGGACUUUCUAGACCAAGGAAUACUGGUGCACACCGCCUCCCCUUGUAACACCCCGGUACUCCCAAUCAAAAAACCGGGAGGGGAAGGCGCACCUGUCCGUUAUCGCUUUGUUCAGGACCUCCGCUUGGUGAACCAGUUCGUGAUCCCUCGCCACCCCGUCGUAGGCAACCCGAACUCGCUCCUAAACGCCAUCCCGCCCGACACGACCUGGUAUAGUGCAGCGGAUUUGUGCUCAGCUUUUUUUAGCAUCCCGGUGGCCCCAGAAAGUCAGUUCUUAUUUGCGUUUACAUGGGGACCGGGUCAACUAACCUGGACUCGGCUACCCCAGGGAUAUGUUGAAUCACCCGCAAUCUUCUCUGCGGUCCUCCACCAAGAUCUGCAGGAUGUGAACCUUCCUGGGGGAUCCACCUAUCUCUUAUACGUAGAUGAUAUUUUAUUGUGUUCUACUAGUGAGGAAGCAUGCAGAUUGGACACCAAGUACCUGCUCAUGGAAUUGGCACAUAAGGGACACAAGGUGUCACCUAAGAAAUUGCAAUUCUGCACACAAGAGGUGAAAUACCUAGGCCACAUCCUGGGGGUUGGCACUAGAAGCCUAGCUACUGACAGGAUUGAGGCAGUCACAAAGAUCCCAUUACCUCAAACGAAAAGACAGCUCAGGGGGUUCCUAGGGAUGGCUGGAUUUUGCCGAUCAUGGAUAGCGGGUUACGCUGAACUCACCAAGCCCCUGACAGCCAUGACCCGACAGGACCACCCCGAUAAACUCCAAUGGAAUGAGGAAGCCUAUGCCUCCUUUGAACGAAUAAAACGGGAACUCCGCUCAGCUCCCGCUUUGGGACUCCCAGACUACCGUAUCCCUUUCAAUCUCUAUGUCCACGAACAAAUGGGAGUUGCAUCAGGGGUCCUCACACAACCCUUUCGUGAUAGGGAAAGACCAGUAGCCUACUACAGUCUUCAGCUGGAUAACACAGCUAAGGGAACUGUCAACUGUCUCCGUGCUAUAGCUGCAACAGCCGCACUCCUUGAGAAAGCUCAGGAAACUGUAUUAGGACAUGAAAUCACCAUACAUGUUCCGCACGCGGUGUCCAUUCUCCUAACAAUGAAGGGUUCGCACCACUUCUCAAACUCGCGACUAAACCGCUAUGAGGCCUUACUUCUGACCCCUUCGAAUGUGACUAUCAAACGAGUUACCUCCCUCAAUCCUGCCACCCUCUUACCACUACCAGAUGAUGGCACCCCACACCAUGAUUGCGCCCAGAUAGUCCGUCAGGCAGAGAAACCCCGAGAAGAUUUAGAUCAUCUUCCCCUGCCAAAUCCGGACUUAAUUCUGUAUACCGAUGGCAGCUCCAAAAUUGUAGACGGGGAAAGGAAGUCGGGGUAUGCAGUGGUCACGGAUUUUGAAAUAAUAGAAGCCAACCCAAUAAGUCCGCAGUAUAGUGCCCAAGCGGCUGAACUUGUAGCCCUCAUCAGGGCCUGUGAAAUUAGUGAAGGCAAACGGGCCACCAUCUACACAGACAGCAAGUAUUGCUUCGGAUUGGUGCACACCACGGGGCAAAUCUGGCUCCAAAGGGGCUUCUUGACAGCGGCGGGUUCCCAAAUAUCGCACGCUGCCCUGGUAGAGAGGCUCCUGAAUGCUAUCCACCUACCCGAGGCAAUAGCUGUUGUUCACUGCAAAGCGCACACGAGAGGGAGGGAUCCCAUCUCCAAAGGGAAUAGCCGGGCGGAUAGAGCGGCCCAAAUGGCUGCACUCCAACCUCCCUCAGAGGGAAUGGACUUUCAGUGCAUCCAACUCCCAGCUGAUUUAAACCUGAAAGAUAUCUAUCAGGCCAUAACUGAUGAAGAACUGGCAAAGUGGAUCUCUAUCGGUGCGUCCGAAAUCGAAGGGAUUUGGACUUUGCCGGAUGGUAGAAUAGUUCUACCCAAGGCUUGGACGCCUAAGUUCGCAAGGACACUUCACCAACAGACCCACUGGGGAAAGGGAAAGAUAACGGACUUCAUACAAAGGUACUGCUAUGCGCCGGGGACUGCAGCCGCGGCCGCAGCAGCUACCAAGAAUUGUAUCACUUGCCAAAACUUUAACCCGAAACGGGAACCUAAACGGCCCCCAGGAGCUAGACCGUGGGCUUUCGUCCCCUUUGAGACCCUGCAAUUAGACUUCAUCGAUCUACCACCAUGCCAGGGAUUCAAGCACGCAUUAAUCAUUGUAGACAAGUUCUCCCAUUGGGUAGAGGGAUUUCCUACCCGACGGGCGACGGCCUCUGUAGUCGCUAGAACUCUCAUCCACGAAAUUAUACCUAGAUAUGGGAUCCCCCGUAAAUUGGACAGCGAUCAAGGAACCCAUUUCACUGCAGAGGUGGCCCAACAUGUUGCCCAGGCACUCGGAAUUAAGUGGGAACUACACACCCCUUACCACCCUCAGUCUUCUGGCCAAGUAGAGCGUAUAAACCAAGAAGUCAAGUUGCAACUUGGAAAACUCUGCAGUGAAACGGGGCUGAAAUGGGUGAACGCACUACCUCUAGUUCUACAUAACAUUAGAUGUGCUCCCACAAGAGCUCUAAAACUAUCCCCAUACGAGCUCCUAUUCGGGAGACCGCCACCAGUCUAUACCACACAAUUCCCGCUUGCUGAGUUGGAUACCGGGGAAGCGGAACUCACGGCAUAUGUCGUCCAACUCCAGAAGCAAUUACGGCGACUCCAUGCCUACGCUGCUGUAGAGGACCAGUGCUCCGGUCUGCAGACGGACUAUCGCUUUCUUGACUACCAUACUGCAGACCUUGGAGGCAACCAGAACCCGGACCGAGUGGGCGACUUCAACUUUUGCCUCCCGGAAUCCCGAACCCUCCUUCGUCACUCCUUGGUCCCAAGGCUCAGUGGGACCCAAUACUGGGAACUUUUCAUACGGGACCGGAACUACCAGCGCAUUGGAUCUGCAAAUCUCACCAUGGAACAGCAGUACUACCGACUUCACUGUACCAAUGGAUCAUACUUCCUCUACGGGCAAAGGGACAUCCUCCGCUACCCUAAUUGGACCGAGAUGGAAAAGGGAGGUGCCCAACCCGUUUACACAGACAACCACCAUCCAUCAGAAAGGUUGAUAUUUGGGUUCCAAUGCCUCCUCUUGACCCCAAAGCCGGAGAAACCACAGCUACAGGGAGUUUGUUUAAGGCGUUUCUGUUGUCUAUGGAACUUGGGCUACACAAAGGGUUGGAAAGGAGGGGAAUACCUUGAAGGCUGGUACCACCCUGUAGGAUCUUCAAACAAUUCCCCAGUGUGGGACCACGAUGGACCGCAGCGAUGUGGGGGAAUCGCCAAGAAUACGACCCUCCUAAGCACCUCUGACCCCCUCCAUCCUAUCGGAACGGCUCCUAGACAGCUCGGUGAAUACUCCACUCUUGAGGAGCCUGAUCUGCUCUCCUCCUGGGGCAAGAACUCUUACCUCCAACUCCUUAGCCAGGUAGCUAAGGAGGCCCCUCCACAAGACUGUUGGAUUUGCGCCCAUGCUCCAAGCCACAUGCGGCAAGGGCUACCCCUGGUACCAGUGCCUGUCACCCUAGAACAAUUCCGCUCCGGGGACAUGACAUCCUGGAAUCUUACCGCUAUGAACCUGACUCAUCAGUACCUGUACCUCACGGGUCCAACUAAGGGCCCCUUCUGCCGACUUUUCGCCGGUGGCGGGGCCCACAUAGGUACCAGCACCUGCACCACCAACCUCGAGCUCCAUGCUUCUGGACAGGUGACAAUCUCCUCACAUCUAGGUUCCCACAUUUACCCCAAUCUUUCAAUGGCAUGGGUCGCGGUGAUUGGCCGCCCUUCAAAAAACUCUACAUACAACCCGAACCCCUUGCUCCUGCGGCCCUUCGCUUCCGGAAGGAUGGAAUCCUACCUCUCAGGGUUAUUCUGGGUAUGUGGGCAUCGCGCAUACAGCUGGGUGAGCCCCCACAUGUCUGGUUCCUGUUUCAUCGGAUACAUCGUGCCUGGAAUCCGAGUCACUUACAACUUACCAGCUGGAAGGCAAAGGAACAGGAGAGGACAGAAAUCCCUCUCAGAUCUCUCCGAUGUGGCAGCCAACGGUGAAACAUGGGGCAGGGCAUUAUUCCCUGCAUAUGGAGCGGGCUCCAACCAUGUGGACAUCCUUAAACUUACUGAUGUACUUCUGAAAUUCAUGCAAGAAGCAGAACAAAUCACGGACUCCCUCACCACAGAACUGUCACAGGACAACUUGAAGCGAUUCAACAUGAGGGACUCUCAGACUUUGACCUAUGGGGCUGGCUCCCCAACUUAG